GCAGGUGGCCCCAACAGUGACUUGGUCAGUGGUCUGGUCUGAGUGGACUUCUCCUCUGUGGGUGCUUAGGAAGAGUUGAUGGACAUCUGAGAGCUCCCAUAGCAGACCUCUGGUGUCUACCCGCCAAGAGCCAUACUUGGGAACCUAUCAUCUGCUGCUAGAUAUUUUUUCUUUUUUCAAUGGAGGAUUUGAGAUGUUCCUGAAACUGAUGCACUACUGAAUACCAAAGUCUGGAGAAGUGAUCCUGGUCAAUGUACAUCGCUCUUACCUCAACAUCACAUGAAAUGAAUGCCAACAGUAUGCCUAAACAAGUGGAGGUGAGGAUGCAUGAGAGUCACCUGGAGCCCAUAGAGGCCCGGCCUCAGUCCAAAUGUGCCAGACUGUGUUCCAAGAUGUUCAAGAACCUUCUGCUAACUCUCACCGUCCUUGGUGUGAUCUUAGGGGCAGUGUCAGGGAUGUUGCUUCGUGUUGCCUCCCCAAUUCACCCAGACAUUGUCAUGGUGAUUGCCUUUCCUGGAGAUAUCCUCAUGAGGAUGCUGAAGAUGCUGAUCCUGCCUCUUAUCAUCUCUAGUUUAAUCACAGGUCUGGCGGGUUUGGAUGCAAAAUCUAGUGGCCGUCUGGGAACCAGGGCGAUGGUCUACUACAUGAGCACCACCAUUAUUGCCGCCAUCUUGGGAGUCAUCCUGGUGUUAGUCAUCCAUCCAGGCAACCCCAAACUGAAGGAGAAUCUGGGAGAGGGCGAGAAAAAUGAUGAUGUGUCCAGCUUGGAUGCCUUUUUUGAUUUAAUCAGGAACCUGUUCCCCGAGAACCUGGUGCAGGCUUGUUUCCAACAGAUCCAGACGGUGACUAAGAAGGUGGAAGUGGUUGUCGAGGAGAAUGUUAAUGCCACCACCAUGGAGGGCCUACUGGCUAAUAUUACCAAGGAGCCUCAGUUUGUCGUCAAAAAGUCCUUGCAGUUCAAGAGUGGCAUGAAUGUUCUGGGUCUGAUUGGUUUCUUUAUUGCCUUUGGCAUCUGCAUGGGCAAGAUGGGCGAGAGGGCCAGAAUGAUGAUUGAUUUCUUCAACAUCCUCAAUGAGAUUGUGAUGAAACUUGUCAUCAUGAUCAUGUGGUAUUCUCCCUUUGGUAUUGCUUGCCUGAUCUGUGGUAAGAUCAUCUCCAUCAAAGACUUGGAGGUGGUGGGCAGGCAACUGGGCAUGUACAUGGUCACUGUGAUCAUUGGCCUCAUCAUUCACGGAGCUAUCUUCCUGCCCAGCAUCUAUUUUGUUAUUGUCAGGAAGAAUCCCUUCAAAUUCUUCUUGGGAAUAUUCCAGGCCUGGAUCACUGCCCUGGGAACUGCCUCAAGUGCUGGCACCCUACCUGUCACUUUCCGCUGUCUGGAGGAGAAUUUAGGAAUUGACAAAAGAGUCACUCGGUUCGUGCUUCCAGUCGGUGCCACCAUCAACAUGGACGGAACUGCUCUGUACGAGGCCGUGGCUGCCAUCUUUAUUGCCCAGAUGAACGGUGUCCACCUGGACCCUGGUCAGAUUGUCACUGUCAGUCUCACAGCCACAUUGGCCAGUGUUGGAGCUGCCAGUAUUCCCAGUGCUGGGCUGGUGACGAUGCUUUUGAUCCUGACCGCUGUGGGGCUGCCAACCCAGGACAUCAGUCUGCUGGUUGCUGUUGACUGGCUGCUGGACCGGUUCAGGACCUCUGUGAAUGUGGUUGGGGACUCCUACGGUGCAGGCAUCGUGUACCACAUGUCCAAGGCAGAGCUCGAAGAGCUGGAUGCGCACACGGCUAAAUCAGACGACAUCGAAAUGAUGACAAAGACCCAGUCUUAUUACGACGACAUGAAGAACCACCACGAAAACAAUUCCAACCAGUGCGUCUUAACGCCUACCGCAAAUGCUAACACUUCUGUUGUAGUAGAUGAAUGCAAGGUAACCUCAGCCACAAACGGCUCUGCUGCGGAGUGCACGCUUGUUGAGGAGGAACCAUGGAAACAGGAAUAAUGGCAGCAAAGUGAUCCCCUGCUCCUGGGCUCCUCAAGCUUUCCUAUCUGGUGAAAAAGGAGUGAAUGAAAAAAAAUGUCAUAUGAACAGAACUACUAAUUGUUUAUAAUGUAGGCUAGUUUUCAUUUUUAGUAGUCCCUAAGAUGUUUUUGUAACUGUCUCCCUGACUGAUAUGUACGACUACGACUAAUUCACUUAACCGUGAAAUUAUAACAAAGGUACACGCUGCCUGUUAGAGCACAAUUAUGUCCUUAAUAGCAGACUUGCACAACAUACUCAAAGGCCGAGGGAGGGAAGGAAGAGAAAACAAUACAUUGCUUAGUAUACACUAUUUCUAGCAAUACGUUCCACGUCUGCAUUUACACAAUGCUCAAACCUGGGAGCAUUUAAUAGGGGAGGAAAUUGUCAUGGCGACCAUUUCCUUGCGUCGCUUCUUUUUUAGCACCAUCACAAGCACACCUGCUAAGAUCCUAACAAGUCAGAAUGCACCUGGCUGCAUAUAACCUAAUAUUACCCAGAAUUCCUGUGAAGCCACAAAUGCCGAGCCGCAUAUGAGAAUAUUCACUGGAACAUUUAAGCACAAAUUACACCAUGGAGCCAAUUUUAUGCCUCUAUGUGUUUUCUUGUUUACUCUAGAAAAGGGACGUUUUUCUCCUGUGUUCGACAUAAAACCUUUAGACGUGUGUGUGUGUGUGUGUGCGUGUGUGUGUGUGAGAGAGAAAGAGAGUUGGGAAUAUGAACAAGUGAGUUACUGGGACCAAACGGGCAGGUAAAAUGGACUCAUAAAGUCCGCAAACUGCCACCGUCACAUCACAGGUGACACAUUGUCUACAUGAAUACAAUCAAUACUUCCUCUAAAGCCCUCAUAUUUAAAACAAAGCUGGUCACUGCCCACAAUGAUAUAGGGAUACCAAUCAAGACGGACGGGUGUAAAUCCAUUAUGGCACAAACUAGAAAUGAUUUGAAGCACAAUUGACUUGGCACAAAAAUACCGAUGAGCCAAAAUCAUGCGCAUAUUUGGUUCCAGGAGCUGCAACUGUUCUCAGGCCUUUAUGUUUGCUUGUUGAUGUUUCCUUCCUCACAUUAAGAAAAUAGACACUAGCACAACAUAUCAAAUAUUUGAUUAUGAAAACAUAGUGCAAAUUGCUCAUUUUAAAAGGCAAGUAUAUUAACGUUGGCACAUACCUGUACAAAGAGCAUACGUGUAUGGCAUUCCGCCGGUUGACUGAUCCUCCACUUGCGUAUGGCAUUAAAGGCUAAAUCAAGUUCUGUGGGGGCACAGAGAUGAGAGUAAAGUGCUAAAGUGAGCAGCAUUCGGCUGUCAGAUGGAAUUUAUAACAUGCACAAAUAGAGACAGACCACAGAUAUUUAUACUCAGCCUUGAGGAGCCUUGCAAGAUUCUUGUUUUGCCAGAUGUACAAAGGCAAACAGUUCCGUAUUUUUAUCCACCAGAGCUCAAGACUGUUUCUACAAACCCUCGAUGCUGCAGCUGUGUGCCCAUAUCCAAGAUUUCACUCAUAGCAGGACAGGGGACACUUACAGUAUAUUUGACUAAAAUCCCGUAAUAAAAUCCACUCUUGUACAAACUCCAACACAAACGGACGUGUGCGCGUCUUCAGUCCGUGUGAGUGACGAUUCUGUGAUUUCUUCCUCGGUGUUGUGUCUUUCCUGUCUUGUUUCUCUUCAUUUGUGCUUGAUGACAACCUUGACUUGAAGAUGUUUGCGUCACACCGAUCGGAAAGACAAAUGCAUGCGAGAGCAACAAUAGAAACGCUAACACGGUCCAGUAAAGUUCCUGAAGCGCACGCUCGGAUCAGUCAUCGUAACAGGCUUCUAUAGCGCACGUUUGGUGUGCACAUUUGCAUAUUAAUACACUCAGAGGUUCAAGGUGACAGCAUGCUGAAGAGCACAUAACACGCCCUUAUGACCUUCAGGAACAAAGUCUCUCCGAUGAGGAGACCAUUGAACACCGUUAUGAUGAGAGUUGGACCACUGUUACGUUCAAACUCGCUAUUUUAGAAGCAUGAGUUAUAUAAAAUACAACUUUUUUUUUUGCACCACUAUCUUAAAAGCAUGAUAUUUGAAGUGCCUCCUUGCACUUUUGUGUAUAUAUUGUAGUCAACAGUGUUUUGUUGUUGUUUGCUGGAUUUCAUCUUUUUUUUCUUUCCCUUUUGGGGGAGUGUUGAAACGGUUUGUAGGACUAUAGUUUGAUCGCUGUUACAUUUUACACCUAAUCCUUUAGAAAAUAUAUCAUAUACGUCCCGAGUAGAGCUAGAUUAGACAAAUUGCAGGAAAUUGUGUAACAAACUGCUUGUUUAUUCUUUUUUGUAUUCUCUAAUAAUUGUCAACUAGCUGCUUUACUUAUCUGUCACUCAACAAUAUACAGUAUAAAUAUCUUUUUUGUAUCUAAUGUAAGCCUUUUGAAUGUUUGUUCAAUGAUGAUAAGCAGUGUGCAUUCAUACCAUUGUAUAUACAUAGAUAUAUAAAUGUUCUGUUCCGUGGCAAUACAGAAUAUCCUGAAGCACAAACAUUUGCAUGAGGAGGAAAAACAACAAGAGGGUGCGAACGAGAGUAAGAGAGCGAGGGAGGAAGCGUUCCCGGUCUGUCAGAAGGGGCCAACAUGACUUACUUUUGGUGUGAGAAAAGUUGUGGAAAAGAAGGUAGAAAUUUGCCCUGUACGUAGGCUGGAGUGAACGAACAAAUGCCACAUUUUCAAAUAUCACUUUAUAGCAUUCAGCAAAAUUCCUCAGGUGAAUCAUCUGUUAUAUCUGUUCCAUGACGAAGAACAGCCUUCUCUCAUAUAUAGGCAUCGCAAAGGUAUCUGACCUGGUGCUUGGAUAGUAGCAUUAUCACCACACUGCUUUUCGGUUCUUUGUUAAAGUGCCACAUCACCACCACACAUGCAACCUAUAGCCAGACUCUGUCAUGCCUUCAGCAUCCAACAUAUCCCAGAGUGAACCUGCCUUUACCCGCUUGCCUUUUUUCACAUUGUACGCAAUGCACAAUAUGCACAAAAAGCCACCUGAUACUUGCUGAGCUAAGGUACUGCUAGGAACGGAAACAACACUCCAGUUAAGAGCCAGUACGUCCAUCUCCACACUCGUAUUUCUAUUGAAAUGCGUCUUUUCUGAAAGGAAGCCCUUGAAUGGAGGUAACCAACCUGUCGACAAGAACUUGCCUUCCUGAUCUUACUUUUCGAGGCCUUCCCUUCUUUGUAAAGCUUUUGCUGUUAUUUUGAUGUAAAGGCAGAAAGUACGUGUGAGGGAGACAUCGAGAAAAAGACACAAAAAAAAAAAUACAUGAAUUCUUUCCUCGAUAUUAUGCUAUACAUAAAAAAAAAUCUUGUUUCUACAUAUCUAAAUGUGCUGUACCUUUGAUGUACAUAUACAAAUAUCACUAAUAAAUGUUGAUUCAUAACUAA